GCGACGAAAACAAAACGACAAGGUGGAAUGCAAAGAACUGCCGUAAAUGCGAAAAUAUCUCGAACGCUCUGCGGUAAAUAUUAUUUUGUAAAAUCAGGAAAUCGCGGAAAAACUCACUGAGUUCGCCGAAAAAUAAUGGCUCUGCUACUGGUGCACCUGCGGCGCCUCAUUUUGCUGCUGACGAUCGUUUACCUGAGCGGGGCGGUAUUCCGCCGCCUCCUCACCGAACGGCACCACGCCCACAUCCUGCAAGGCAAUGGUUACAUGGGUUUCGGACGUCUUCGUGGUGGAGGUGGAUCCAAGGAGUCGUAUCACUUCCAGUGGUGGGCCUACAUCUACACCUGUUAUGCAUACGCCGUGCUGGUGAACUACGUCAACAUGCGCCGGCUGACCAACCUUAUCGAAUUUUUCUUGAAUUAAUGUUUUCGUUUAUGACUUAGAAUAAUUUGAGCAAACGCGAUUAAACAAAAAUCGAAUUCCCUACGCAA